AGUGACGUGGUCUGUGGAAUCCAAACAGAGGGGGAGGAGGAGGAGGCCGGCGGCCAGCAGCAGCAGCGGCAGCGACAGCGGCGUCCGGAACGCUCCCGGCUGCCACCCUCCCCGCCCGCCGCUUGUUUGGGCGGAUUUCACUAGUUGAGUAAGAUCAAGCGGGUAGCCAUGGCUGAAGGUGGAUUUGACCCCUGUGAGUGUGUCUGCUCUCAUGAACAUGCGAUGAGAAGACUGAUCAACCUGCUUCGGCAGUCCCAGUCCUACUGCACCGACACAGAGUGCCUCCGGGAGUUGCCGGGACCCUCCAGUGACAACGGCGUCAGCAUCACUGUGAUCCUGAUGGCCUGGAUGGUGAUUGCAGUGCUCCUGUUCUUACUGAGACCUCCUAAUCUGAGAGGCUCCAGCCUCCCCGGAAAGCCCUCCAGCCCUCACAGCGGUCAGGACCCACCCGCUCCUCCUGUGGACUAACGUGGAUGUGGGAAGCAGAGUGUUAAAGGCUGUGACGACGACCAAAUGACUGAAGAUGACCAGAGUACUCUUAACUGUUUUUCCUUUUCCAUCUGCAAUUCGGGAUGGUAUUAUUUUCAUGAGCUUCUAGAAAUUUCACUUGCAAACUGACUUUUGCUUCCUGUGUUGCCACAGUUCUUAUUUACAGUAUACCUGAGUAAAUGAUUCUAUUGGAAAGUUCACAGGACUUCGUUGGUUGGCCUAAGCUUAAACAUUCCACUUGUUGUCCCUGGAACCGUGAUCAUAAUGUCUGUGGUGGUUUCUGGCCCAAUUGAAGGAAAGUUGAGAUUUCUGCAUUUACGUGUUUUAAGUGAUUUUAAUAGAUUUUCAUUUUUUUCUUAAGGUAUUUAUUUGGGGUUAUCUGGUAUGAAUGACCGAACCACACUGUAUUUACUUUACCUUGGCAGUUUUCUGUAGUUCCUGGGGCCGUGAAGCUUUUAGAAUAGUUUCCUUACACCCUCCAGCUGAGAUCUGUGGUACAGCUGACUUAUGUGGCUAGAGUAGGAAAAGUGAGCUGGUUGUUUACUGAUUCUUUUUUUAAUUCCCAGUAAAAGUUUCUGAUGUUAAGAAUACUUUAAAUAAACAUGAUUGAUUACUCUAACGGUUGGUUUAGAAUCCGUUGUGUGUCCUUGACAGCCACUGUCUGCUAGCCUUCCACGCUCAUGAAAGGAAGAGCUGAGUCUCUGCCUCUGUCGGUAUACUCCAGCCCGUGCUAACAUGGGCUAGAUGUAUUGGCCUGUUUUUUUAAGUGAAUGCCUCUCAGCAAGCUUCUCUUCCAUUCCAACACUUGCCUGUUAAAAUGAAAUCAUCUUACAUCUGUGUGAGGCUUGACAUUCUAAUGCCUAUUUACUUAUUUUCACACUUUUUUUAUUUGAAAAAAAUUUUUGAGUCUAUUGUUGCCCUUCUGACUUAGGAAGAAAAAAAAGCCUUUAAUAUGAGGUCUUAGUUUAUUCCCAGGGAAAGGAGGGAAAUGGCAAACAAUAUUUUUCUCACCUCUCGGCUCGAGUCUGUUUAGUAAUGGGAUGUGGAUGUAUUGGAGUGGGAAGGAGCAUCAGAAAUUGAGAUUUCAAAAUGUACUUAAAAACUAAGAGGUUGCAUUGUUCUCGGUUCAAAAAGCAGUGAAUACAAAUGGCAUUUAAACAUACAUGGAUGGCCUGGAAUUUUUUUCUAGGAAGUAGCUGCAGAUGAUUUGUUGGGGCCAAAAUGUAUUUUGCUAUCAAUGUAAAGAUUUCCUUCCCAGGUCAGUCUAGGCUGUCACUGUACAAAUCUGAGAAACUGUUUGUGUGAACUAAAUAAACUUGUCCAUCAUUGGGCCAUUGACAGGCCUCUGGCCUGGCUCUGUGA